AUGUUUUCAACAGAUCGAAAUUUCACCAAUAAAAACGAUCGGGAAGUAUAUCCGCAGUCACAAACUACUGAUUCCCAACUCUCAAAAUCACAAAACUCACCUUCAGAAGAAAUGCGAUUGCAAGUUGUAAAUGCCAAAUACCAAACGGUAUCGAAUAGUAGUGAGGAAGAUGAAUUUCUUGACGAAGUAUUGAAUGAUAUGUUAAAUGUAACAUUUUCCGAAAUAGAUCAAGCAUCUAUGGUAUCUAAUGCUGCGAAGUCUGAAAAUCGCAGGAAGAAGGAUUCUCAAAAAACCACGGAACUUUUAUUCAAACUAAAAAAAUUACACAGUCUCGCAAAUUCCAGAAACUUCCGUGACUUCACCUACACUUCCGAAUGUGUCACCAAUUUCUCAAUAAAUCCUGGACUCUCGACAACGGUGGAUCAUCCGAAUGAUGAAACUGUUCCAACGAGAACUUUUUUCUUGACAGAUCAUGAAAAUGAGCAGAUACCAAGAAUGCAGGCAUACACAAAAACAGCUGUCGACAUUGAAUAUGACAAAAUUAAUCAAACACCCACAGCGCCGAAUACGGUGCCAAACCUUACAACACAUUUGGAGAACAAAAAAGAUAUUCAUGACUUACGCGUAGAAAACACAGAACCUGUGAGAACGUUGCCGGAUAUUAUGGAAAGAAGCGGGAAAAGCAAAGAUUCAGAGCAACAUAAUGAAGGGUUGGUUCGAAAGAAGCGCAAAAAGUGCUCACGUCAUCGCUAUGGCUCUCAAAGGAAAUGUCCUGAUAAUGAUAAUAUCACGUUCGAGGUUACCGUCCCAACAGCAUAUACAACGCAACAGCUACGGAACUAUGUCUCCAACUUGUGGUCAGUCAGAGAUGAUGUGGCAGUAAACUGCUUUUUUGUCUUCAUAGACCCCAUUUUCAGAAAUGUGAUCUGUGACAAGAAACAGUUAUUGUACGAAUGCCGACUGAAAGCGAAGUAUCGAUCAAAAAUCUGCUCAAAAACUCAAAGAUGUACCACUUUGAGUCGGUCGACAGAAACUUCAGAAAAUAUCGAUUCUCCUAAACAGGAUUUCUAUCAAAAAAAUGAGACAGAAUCAUUUCACCAAAUUUUAAAUACGAAUGAAACAGGUCAAUCACCCGUGAAAAAUUUGCGAACGGAAAGGAUUGAGGAUUUGUUGCUUCGAGCAGUGCAGGAAUAUCAGACGUAUCUCAAAAUUCAGAAAAAAGGAUUGAAGAUUAAUAAAUGA